AUGAACUCGAGGCUGCAAGUGUGCUCUUCCCGCCAAAAUAUUGACGCACAUGCAUUCGUGAUUGCUUUCGCCAUCAUGGUGUUCUUGUCGACUGGGUGCACGAUUGGCCUUGACCAGCCAGAGCUAAAAAGAGAUUUCAAAGACAAGAAUAAAGCACAAAAUGAAGUCAAUAUUGAAAUGAAAGAAAAUGUGCCAGAAGGAAAUAAUAAUAAUUUACCUCCAGUUGAUGAAUCAAAUCAACAAUUAGCAAUGGGAGCUGUGCUGGACAGUUACAUAACAAACUCUAGUGUUGCAACUCAAAAAGAAGCGAAGGUAGAAGCCAAAUGCGAGGAAGACGAUAAAUCUAUAGAAGAUAGAAGUGAGACCAAGGCUACUAAUGAAGAACAAACAAGGCCUCUUCCUGGAGAUGAAAAGUACAUAAGACUGAAGAGUCUUCUUGACAGGUCAAAUGUAUAUGCUCAGUUUGUAUUAAAGCAAAUUGAACACCAGAGACAGCAGGAUAAGGUGAAAAAAGAAGAAAGAAAGAAGUCUAAAGAAAAACGAGCAGCAGAGUUAGCCAAAAAGAAAGAAGAUACUUCAGAUCAGAUUGUUCCAGAUGUAGAUUCCCACCAGACCAGGUCAGGACGACAACCAGCCAAAAGAGUUCAAGCAUCUUCAACCAAAGAGAACAAAAAACGAAAGAGGAAUGAUGAAAAAGACCAACAGGAUGGUGCUCGCAAUUCUCCUAAAAAGUCAAGAAAGUCUAAGUCUAAGAAUGAAGAUGAAGGGUCUCCGGAUCAUGAUACCGAAUUGAGUGCUGACAUACAUACCGAUGAUUCAGAAAACUCAAAAACAAGAACAUUCAAUGGAGAAAUAAUUUCGGACAGGCAGCCCAUCUUGGUAUCAGGUGGUUUGAUGAGAAGCUACCAGUUGGAUGGUUUGGAAUGGAUGAGAGGACUUUUUGAAAAUGGUAUAAAUGGAAUCCUGGCUGAUGAAAUGGGCCUUGGUAAAACUCUUCAGUGCAUUUCACUUUUGUCAUACUUUAUUGAGAGAGGGAUGAGAGGACCUUUCCUUAUUGCUGCUCCACUUUCAACUUUACCAAACUGGGUUUCAGAGUUUAAGAAGUUUGCACCAAAGAUAAAAACACUUCUGUAUCAUGGAAGCAAGGAUGAAAGACACAUAAUGCGACAGAAGAUCCUCAAGCUGGGCUAUGUUGACCAGAGCAUUAACCUUAAGGCAUACCCAGUUGUGAUCACAUCAUAUGAAAUAAUAAUGAGGGACAGAGCUGCCUUGAAUGUACACCCUUGGAAGUAUAUUAUCAUUGAUGAAGGACAUCGGAUAAAGAAUCUAAAUUGUCGCCUGAUAAGUGAGCUGAAAACAUAUAAGAAUGCAAACCGUCUCCUUCUUACUGGAACACCUCUGCAGAAUAACCUAUCAGAGCUCUGGUCGCUACUUAAUUUUCUACUUCCUGACAUCUUUGAUGACUUAAAAAGUUUCGAAGAGUGGUUUGAUUUCAGUGCCAUUGGUGAAGAUGAUGGGGACGAAAAGCUCAUUGCACAGGAGCAGGAAGCGCACGUCCUUGAAACUCUUCACGCUAUACUCACACCGUUUCUGUUGCGAAGACUCAAAACUGACGUUGACUUAACGAUUCCACCAAAACGAGAGCUCAUUGUUUACGCGCCGUUAACUGCUGAACAAGAAGAGUUCUAUAAAGGAACUCUGGAUAAGACCAUUUUGGACAAAUUGCGAAAAAAACAGGAACCCGAGCCUCAGGUAGUCUACACGCCAACAGGUAGACCGAAGAGGAGGUCCACAAAAAAUGUUAAUUAUCAAUCGAUGCUAGCUCAGGAUUCUGAAAGUUUUGAUUUUGACGAGCUACUGGAGAAAAUGACUGCUGAUGAGGAAUCCAAAAUGGCUGAAGCAAGACAAAAAGCCAAAGCAGCCGAGAAAAAAACGUCUGUGGUAUCCAUAAAAUUACAAAACAUUUUGAUGCAGUUGCGCAAAUGCUGCAACCAUCCUUAUUUACUCGAACACCCGCUUGACCCUGAAACCAAUGAAUAUGUUGUGAAUGAAAGCAUUGUUAAAGUCAGUGGUAAAAUGAAGCUGCUUGACAAAAUGCUUCCUGAACUGAAGAAACGAGGACACAAGGUGCUGAUCUUCUCCCAAAUGACCAGAAUGCUUGACCUCAUAGAAGACUUCUGUCACCUCCGCGAUUACGAUUAUUCAAGAAUAGAUGGAACAAUGUCGAUUCCUGAUCGACAGGAAAUGAUUGAAAGAUUUAACAAUGACUCGGGAGUGUUCCUCUUUUUGCUAAGCACCAGAGCUGGUGGCCUGGGACUUAAUCUGUCAGCCGCUGAUACCUGUAUUAUUUAUGACAGUGAUUGGAAUCCACAGGUUGACCUUCAGGCUCAAGACAGAUGUCAUCGUAUCGGCCAAACGAAGCCCGUGUUGAUAUUUCGAUACGUAACUGCAAACAGUGUUGACGAAAAAGUAGUCGAAAGAGCAGCGUCGAAACGUAAGUUGGAAAAGAUGGUCAUUCAUAAAGGUCGUUUCAAAGGACGACAGACGUCACACAAACUAUCGCCUGAAGAGCUGUUGGAACUCUUGAAAUCGAACGAUCAUAGUCACGUGUCAGAUAUAGGAGAUGAUCUUGUAAUUAGUGACGAAUGUCUUAAUCGAUUGCUGGAUCGCAGUGCCUUAGAAGUGCGCCCUGAAGCUAGAACUAAGGAGGAUAGUACAGUUGAAUCAGACUUAUUUAAAAUUGUUGAGCAAUCACAGGAAGAUGUUUUAUUUUGAAUGUGGAAAUAAAGACUUAUUCUUGAAGCAAGAAUAGGUUAUGAAGAUAAAGUUCUGGAGAACGAGUUCUCCUUUGAGUUCGUUAGUCUCAAUGACUUUGUAAUCAUUGCUAGUCGCUAUUGAAAUUACAUAAUAAGCCAAGAAACUUGGUACAAAAAAUGUAUAAACUUUACUGGUUUAAUAAUCGUUUUGAAAGAUGCAUUUUGUAUUUAAAGUUUAAAAGUUUGUAAAGGAAACGAAUUUUUGCAAAUCGGUGAUGCCAUGUACCAAUAAUAAUGUCUUUAAACUGCUCAAUGUUAGAACGAAAAUAUUAUCCUUGUUUCUAAAUAUAUAACAAUCUUAAAACUUUAUUGAUAAACUUCCUUAACGAUGUCUGCAAAGCAUGCUAUUGUGUACCCGAUGUUCUUCAAGACUAGCUUCCACAUCCCCUUGCAGGGCACCAGGGCACUACCUUUUGUAUUUGUUCUGAUUGGAUAAGAACUCUUUUCUCUGAACAACUUAUUGAGAAAUAGGUCACAUCUAACGUUCGGCGAUAGCCAUGUUUUAUGUAUCGAAGGGGCACCGUGCUCCAGAUUCGUAAAACGAUGCUAUAGCUAGGCCUUCUUUUUAAAAGCAACCAAAGAUUGUUAUUAACCAAUAGACUAUUAACUAGUUCUUAUGUACCCAUAUGCAUUUCCCAGUUGAAGACAAAUUUGCUCGUAAGUGACACAACCCAGUUACUUCGCUUUUUGUCUGCGUAUGGUUUUUUAAAAAUAUUAUAAAUUUGUGGCUUCGGCUCGCAACCUACAAACUGUUUUAAAAUUUUUGUAAAUAUAAAAAAAAUAUUGUUUAAGGGAAAUAUUAAAUAUCUUGAUGAUAAGUAUUUACAUUGUAUUUAACGACCGUGUUUUGUUGCUGUCAAAUAGCAUUUUGUUCAGUCUUGUUCUCA